GAAGAGGCGAGUUUUCUGGGAUAAAUCAAAACCAGAGGACUGGAAGAUAAAGUGAAGGAGGAGGAGUUUAUCUCCUCUGCGUAGCUCUAAGACACUUGAUAAGAUCAGACACACAGAGGGACCAUCUGCAGGAUUUUAUCUCUACAAACAGACGCAGCUGCUCAGGAAGCUUCAACAUGCCGACAGUGAAGAGCAAGAGGAAGAAAGUGAAGAAGGAGGUGAUCGAAGUGGAGGAACAGGGUGAAGUUGGGAUGGAGGUGGAGAUGGAGGAUAUAAGCAACAGGAGUAACUCCGACAACAGAGACCAUCUGACCCCAGAUUUGCACGACACAGCUCCGCACAAGAAGAAGAAAAAGAAGAAGGCACAAACCAUUGACCAGGAAACAGAACACGGGGAUAUACCAAACGGGGAUAUGGCCGAGAUGGUCGGGGAAGGAGACGAAAUGGCUGUUUCUGUCAUCAGGAAGACCAAAAAGAAAAGGAAGGCAAAGACAACAGAGCAUUACAGCACAGAGCUGGAAGCUGAAGAUGAGGAUAUCAUCACUGAUGCUCAGUCCCCCAUCCCUCAGCAUUCCUUGUUUUCUGCUCCACACGGACACAGUCAGCCGGCCGGCAAAGUUUUUGUGGAGAGGAAUCGGCGUUUGCAGGCAGAUCGAGUGGAGCAGCUCAGACACUCAGAGCUGACAGAUGACUACUUGGAUCCCAGGCAGAACUGGACCACAAGGGAUGUUGCUUUGAAGGUCCACAGCAGCUUCAGGGUAGUCGGCUUGUUCUCUCAUGGGUUCCUGGCUGGCUUCGCCGUGUGGAACAUCAUUGUCAUGUACGUGCUGGCAGGCGAGCAGAUGACCACGCUGCACAACCUGCUACAGCAGUAUCACCUUCUGGCUUAUCCAGCUCAGUCUCUACUCUACCUGCUGCUGGCCAUCAGCACCGUGUCUUCCUUCGACAGAGUCAACCUGGCUAAGACGUCCAUGGCCCUGAGAGGCUUCCUCACUCUGGACCCUGUGGCUGUGGCUUCCUUCUUGUAUUUCAUAGCCCUGAUACUGUCCCUCAGCCAGCAGAUGACCAGCGACCGCAUCAACCUUUAUCCUACUGCCAAUGAGACGCUGUGGCCUCCAGGCUCGGAGCAGCAGAUCUUGCGGCCAUGGAUUGUGGUCAAUCUGGUGGUGGCGCUGCUGGUGGGUCUGGCCUGGGCAGUGGUUUCCACACGGCCAGACAUUGACUACACAGAGGACUUCUUGAUGACAAUGGAGUUGGAGGGAUUCCAGAGAGGAGAUGAAAACCUGGACAUCCCUGCCUGA